CAUAUUUAAUUUUUUUUAAAUGGAUACACCAGAAAAUAAACGAUCUCAAAGACAAAAAACCGAUAAACAUGGACGUGGUGCAGCAUUAGAACGAUUAAAACAAUUAAAAGAGAAAGGUGUUAAACAUAAAUAUGAAGUUAAAGAUUUAGAAAAUGUUUAUGAUACCGUUGACCAGAAGGAAUACGAACAAAAAGUUUGGCAACGUCAAGAUGAAGAUUGGAUUGUUGAUGAUGAUGGAUCUGGAUAUGUGGAAGAUGGACGGGAAAUAUUUGAUGACGAUUUGGAUGCAGAAUCAAUUGAAGCAGCUAGAAAAGAUAAAGGCAAGAAAAAGAAAAUUUCUCGAAAUGUGGAUACUCCAGUAACGGGAAAAGGAAGCAUACAGACUAUGUUUUCAAGCAUGCCUAAUAAAAAAUCGAAAAAAGAACAUAAUAUCAAUGAAGAUGAUCUUUUAAACGAUCUUCUGGGUGAAAUCAAAACAAUAAGCACAUCAAAACUACCGAUUAAGAAAACAUCAACCGUUACGAAGUUCCAAGAACUAACAAGUUCACCAAAAAUAGUUAUUCGUGACGAUAGUCCACCACGAAUUACAAAAAUCAAAGCAAAUGAAACGCAAUCGAAACAAAUGGACUCUCCAAUAAUUAGUACAACAUCUCAAUCUCAAUCUCAAGAUUCAGCCAUCAUUGAAGAUGUCGAAUCAAUGGAUCUGGAUGAAACGAAAGAUGCAUUACCAAAGAUCGAGCAAAUCAAUUCACAAGAAGAAGAUAUGACCAUUUUGGAAGCGGCAUUCGAUGAUGAUGACAUGCAAAUGGAUACAGAUUUAAUAAAUGCAGUCAGUGGCGUAGAAACCAACAAGAUGCGAUCGAAUGAUAAAGAAAAUCUUGAUCUUAAUGGUCAAACAGCGAAAAUCGAUACGAAAACUAAAGAUAUCUUUAGUGAUGAUAAAUUUUUCACUGAAUGGGAGGAAAAUCAAAUGAAACAACAACAGGAAAAUCAUAAAAAUUUGGAUCAACAAAGUGAAACUGAUACCAACAACAGUAUGGAUUCUUUGAUGGUGGAAAAUUCUCAUGGUGAGAAGAUUUUACGGUUUUUUUGGUGGGAUGCACAUGAGAUACAAUCAAAACCAGGAAACGUGUUUCUAUUUGGUAAAAUAUUUUUAAAGAGUUCUAAUUCUUGGGUCAGCUGUUGUGUACAAGUUGAAAAUAUUGAACGAAAAUUAUACGUUUUACCUCGAAAAUAUCAUUACGAUAUGAGAUCGAACACAUUUACAGAUGAAGAAGUCACAAUGAUCGAUGUUUAUAAUGAAUUUAAUAAAAAAUUUGCAAAAGGUCAUCAAUUUCGUUCGAAGCCAACAAAUAAAUUUUAUUGUUUUGAUGUACAAGAUGUUCCAACGGAAGCUGAAUAUUUAGAAGUUCGAUAUCCGGCCGAUGGUGGACGAAUACCGAAAGAAAAUAUGGCGGGUGAAACAAUACAACAUAUUUUUGGAACAGAUACAAAUUUUUUAGAAAUAUUUUUACUUGAUCGUAAAAUUAAGGGACCAUGUUGGUUGGAUAUUGAGGGCGCAGAACUAUGCGAGAAUAAACAAAUAUCCUGGUGCAAAAUGGAAUAUCGUUGUAAUAUGCGUAAUGUUACCAUCACCAACAUGGAAUUAGCACCACCUCCGUUGGUGCUAGCGGCUCUUACAAUCCGUACCACAUUGAAUCCGAGCACUAAUCAAACUGAAAUUGUUAUGAUUUCAUGUUUGACGCACAGUAAAUAUGAAAUUCAUAAAUCAGCGCCAGAACCAAUGUAUGAGAAUCAUUUUUGUGUUUUAUCCCGACCAACUGGAGUAUCCUGGAGUUUCGAUCAUCUAGAAUUAUUUAAAACGUACAAAGCAACAAAAGUACAAAAAUGUGAUUCAGAACGUGCCCUAUUAAAUUAUUUUCUAACACAAUUCUUAAAGAACGAUGCCGAUUUAAUAAUCGGUCACGAUUUAGUUGGCUAUCAGCUGGAUGUACUCUUUCAUCGUUUAUCCGUUUUAAAAAUCGGUAAUUGGUCGUUAUUUGGUAAAUUACGUUUAAAAACGAUGCCACAGCGUGUUAAGAACAUCCAACAAGAUUUAUGUGCGGGACGAUUAGUUUGCGAUUUAAAAAUAUCCGCUAAAGAAUUAAUUAAAUCGCGUAGUUACGAUUUACCAACGUUAUGUUCGAAUAUUUUAAAAAUGGAUGAUACCGCUGCAUGUUAUGAACUCGAACAAGAUGAAAUACGAAAUUUCUAUGAAGUAUCGAAUGGUUUACGGAAAUUAAUCGCAUGGACAAUGCGAGAUACGUCAUGUAUACUGAAAAUGGUUUACGAAUUGAAUGCACUCCCGUUAGCGGUACAAAUUACAAAUAUAACCGGGUUUAUUUUAUCGAAAACACUUCUAGGAGGUCGUUCGGAACGUAACGAAUAUUUAUUAUUGCAUGCAUUCACCGAAAAUAAUUAUAUUGUCCCGGAUAAAUAUAAACAAGUGAUGGUUGAUGAUUUCGAACAAAACGUAGCGACAACGGAUACAUCGAAAGUGGGUAAAAAGAAACCACAAUAUGCGGGAGGUUUGGUACUGGAACCGAAAGUUGGUUUUUAUAAUACGUAUAUUUUGUUGAUGGAUUUUAAUUCGUUGUAUCCAAGUAUUAUCCAAGAAUAUAAUAUCUGUUUUACGGAACCGACUGAUCCGAAGACGAAGACGACGGGAUCAGAACCACUUGGUGGUGAUGAUGGAUUUGUCGUUAAUGAGGGUUUACGAUUUACACCUGGUGCAGAUAAUGUUGAAAUGAGAAUUUUACCAAAAGAAAUCAAAAAACUAGUGGAUUCACGACGUGAAGUGAAAACUUUAAUGAAAAAAGUCGAUGUGAGUUCAGAUUUAUACAUGAAAUAUAAUAUUAAACAGCUAGCGUUAAAAUUAACUGCGAACAGUAUGUACGGUUGUUUGGGCUACAGUAAAUCACGAUUCUAUGCACAACGAUUAGCCUCGAAGAUCACUGAACUGGGUCGUGAGAUCCUACAAAAUACACAAGUUUUAGUGAAACAAUUAUGUUACGAAGUGAUCUACGGCGAUACGGACAGUUUGAUGAUCAAUACGAAUAUACGGGAUUACGAACAAGUCUUUAAAAUUGGCAUUAAAAUUAAACGUGAGGUCAAUCAACAUUACAAGCAAAUCGAAUUGGAUAUUGAUGGGGUCUUUCAAUAUUUGUUGUUGCUUAAGAAGAAGAAAUACGCAGCACGGAUUGUUAGCAAGGAUAAACGUGGAAAUUUGGUGUACCAACAGGAAAUUAAAGGUCUGGAUAUUGUUCGACGUGAUUGGUGUCAACUAGCUGCAAAAACCGGUAAAUACAUCUUAGAUAACCUACUAUGCGACCACGAUGAAGAUACUCGCAUGAAGGCCAUCUUCACGCAUCUAACAACAUUACGUGUGAAAUUAGAACAGAAUGAGAUACCAAUCACGGAUUUAGCCAUCACCAAACAAUUAACAAAAGCACCAGGUGCUUAUGCUGAUAUGAAAGCAUUGCCACAUGUUCAAGUUGCCGUGCGAUAUAAUUUAAUUCAUGCGAAACGUUUACGUCAAGGUGAUAUGGUAUCGUAUGUGAUCUGUGACGAUGGUACCGAUCGACAAGCGAUGCAACGUGGUUACCAUAUCGAUGAGCUGAAAACGAACACCAAGUUAAAAAUCGAUAUCAAAUAUUAUUUAUUGCAACAAGUGUUCCCGUUGGUGAAUCGAUUAUGUGAACCGAUCGAUUAUAUACAAUCUGAACAGAUUGCGAAUUGUUUGGGGCUUGAAGGUUUAACAUUUAAACAAGUAUUAAAACCUAACGAUAAAACCCAAAUAUCGGACUCAGAUGGUUGUUCCACUUCGACCGCUAAUAAAAAUUUAUUUAUCGGUGCAAAAAGUUUUAUUUUUAAAUGUGUUUCAUGCAGACCGUUAAUAACAUGCCAGCUACAAGAAGCGUACGAUGUUCUAAAAGAAACGGUCACAUCGUACAUGAAUGACUCAGAACAUUUUUAUGUGAGUAUUGGUCAAAUCUUUACCAAGUUUGACGAACACAUCACACUCCAAACACGAUUACCAACGUUCAAGGAGGAUGGUACUCAAGAUGAUGACGAUGACGAGCAUGGAUUUUAA